AUGAGCCAAUCAAUCCCGCAUGAUGCGGUCGUAAUGCAGAAUAUUCUCAAAGAAAUGGGUGUGACAGAUUAUGAACCAAGAAUUGUUUCACAGCUACUCGAGUUCGCUUAUCGAUAUACAACGGAACUGUUAGAAGAUGCGCGAUCGUUGAGUGAACAUGCUGGCAAGAAGCUGAUCGAUGAAGCUGACGUGCAGUUUGCCAUUGAUAACGCUAAUGCGUCAUGGCGUGGUAUUCGUCAUAAUCGACAGUUUAUGCUGGAGUUGGCCGAACAAAAAAAUUCCGUUCCUUUACCAGCGAUUCGACAGAACUUCGGAAUGCGAUUACCGAACGAUCGAUUUUGUUUAGUACAGCCAAACAUGCAGUGGAAGAGCCGUGAACGUCUGAAAGAAGUGGCCGAUCAGCUGGGUCGUUCACAACGAGAGGAUUCGGAUCGACCCACAGAAACACCACGUCAGACAAAACCUGAAGCGAUUAGUAGUGUGCUGAAGAGACGCGCUCCCGAUGAUGAAGACUACGAUACAUGA